UAACUGAUUAUCUAUACAGGUAGUAAAAAGCUAAAGGAAUCUGUGUCUAUGGUUCGUUGUUCAAAGGUUAUAGACAUAUAUAUAUCUAUUUCUUUUGUCUGUUCUGUUUGUGUAAAUUCAAUGAGAAUUAAUGCAUACAAUUACAACAGCAGUAACAAAGAAAUUUGAUAGUACAUCUACUAAAAAUGCUCACUUCAUUCCAGAUAAUCAGUUAGCACCAGUGCAUAGUUCAACACUCAACCAAUUAGAAACUGCUUUACAAAAACUCAAAUCCACGAUUAAAGAUGAUGUAAUUCGAAAUCCAGAACUUGCAAAAAAUGCUCAACUUCUAAAUGAUAAAUUGAAUUUACUUAUCGAAUCAAACAGGUGUUCAAAUGAUUUUAUUCCAGAUGUUGCACCUGAAGUGUUAGCAAAUGAACAAUAUUCUGAAAAGUCAGAUGUCUAUUCAAUGGGUGUGUUGAUGUGGGAAGCGUACUCCAAAGGAAAUAUACCCUGGUCACAGGGUAUUUCUGACGAUGAAGUGAAACGACAAGUGACAAAGGGCGAGAAAUUACAGAAACCGAAAAAUUGUUCGCUCAAAUAUGGUCUGUGA